AUGGUAGACAUCGUUCCCCUCUCCUCAUACCCCAGCUACAUCGACCUCCUCCCCUCCAUCCAAACCUGCAACAUCACCAACCUUCCCGAGAACUACUUCUUGAAAUACUACCUUUACCAUGCCCUGACAUGGCCCCAACUGAGCUUCGUGGCCGUUGUGCGCCCGAAGAAUGGCCACGCCAAACAGAAUCGCAAACACGGCCCCUCCGGGCCUGGUGACGGAUACCCCAAGGUGGUAGGAUACGUUCUUGCGAAAAUGGAGGAGGAACCGACCGACGGUAUCCCGCAUGGGCAUAUUACUAGUUUGAGCGUCAUGAGGACGCAUAGACGAUUGGGCAUUGCGGAGAGGUUGAUGAGGAUGUCUCAGAGAGCAAUGGCUGAAUCGCACCGAGCUCACUUCGUCUCCCUGCACGUCCGUGUCUCGAACUACGCCGCCCUCCACCUCUACCGCGACACGUUGGGAUUCGAAGUCGAAAAAGUAGAGGCCACAUACUACGCAGAUGGAGAAGAUGCAUAUGCCAUGCACUUGAGCCUGAAAGAUCUCUGGCUUGACUGGGACGCGGUCGAGAAGCGGGACAGGGAGAAGGCGAAGAAGGAAGGCGGCGAUGAUGAGCACGCGGAUGAGGGCGACGAAGUCGGGGAAUUGGGCAAGAAGGAGAACGAGAAGGAGAAGAUGAUUCGGGUUAAGGUUGGGAGAGGAUUGGGGGUUGGGGACCUCGUUGAGAGGAAUGAAGCGCAGCAGAGUCAGUAG